AAAAAGCGCUUUGUUCGCACGAGCACUACUGUUGAUCGUGCAUCAUCGCAAUGUCGGUGGCCGCCGCGCUACUUGUUCUUUCCGUCUGCUUGGUGACAACGCUGUUCAUAUGGCGGCGCAAUCACUUCAACUACUUCAAAAAACUGGGAAUACCCGGCCCGACACCAAAUUGGAUAUGGGGAAACUUGUUGGAGUACCACUCCAUGGAAAGCUACAAGGUCGUCGGCAAGUGGAUCGAGGAAUACGGCAGUGUGUUCGGGUUCUUCAAUGGUGACGUGCCCUUCGUGGUGCUGAACGACUUGGAUUUCAUUGAAUACGUUUAUGUCCGGAAUUUCCGAAACUUUGUCGACCGUGGCAAUAUCAUGGUGACCAACGAGAUGCACCCUGUUAUCGGAAAGUCCCUGUUGCAUGUCGGAGGCGCUGAAUGGAAGAGUCUCCGCAGUCCAGUAGCCAGAAGCCUGAGUGCAGCCAAACUGAAGCUGAUGGUGCCACAGCUGGAAGAAGACGCGGAACUAUUCACAAAGUCGCUGGAAGAGUACGCCGAUACGAAUGCGGAGAUUCAUAUGCUGCCAAAGUUUGAGGAAUUGACCAUGGACUAUACAGCUCGAGGUGCUUUCGGAAUGGAAGAGCAUUUCCAGGGGAACCCCGACCAUCCCCUCAUAGAGCUCUCCCGAACUGUCUUUCGGGGCAUCAUCAAAGGACCUUUACACAUGAUCGGACAGUGCACAACAACGAUUGGAGGAUGGAUGAAACCCUUUUACUGGUUUACUACGUUGGUCGGAGAGUUCACGUUUGAGAAUCUCGGCAAGGAGAUAGAGAAGGUUAUUGAAAUGAGGAAAAAGGAUCCAUCUCUCAGAAAGUCCGACAUACUUCAAAGUCUUAUUGACGCGGAGGGCACUGACACUCUGGACUCCAACUCAAAUGGAGCUUCCAAGUCCAGUGAACUCUCGUCUUCAGCAGUGGCCGGUACGGCAACUCUAGUGUUCAUCGGGGGCUUCGACAGCACGGCCGCAACAUUGAGCUACAUCGCCUUUGCACUUGCAAAGUAUCCCGAUAUUCAAGAAAGAGUCCGCGAAGAAGUUCUAGAAGCCCUAUCUCAAACGGGUACGCUAAACUACGAAAUCAUUAUGCAGAAACUGAAGUACCUCGGUUAUGUUGUGGACGAGACGCUGAGGCUGUAUCCUCCGGGACUACUAUCUGUGACGAGAAAAGCCAAAGGAGACUUCGAGUACAAAGGAAUCAAGUACAAGGCUGGAACGUGCUUUGUGGUGUCGACGUACCAUCUGCAUACGAAUCCACAGUUUUGGCCCAAUGCAGAACAGUUCUAUCCGGAAAGGUUUGCCCCUGAAAACGAAGCCUCGCUGAAGAAGCUAGCGUAUGCUCCGUUUGGCAUAGGACCUCGCAACUGUGUAGGAUCGAAGCUGGCAUUGAUGAUGGUGAAGUACACUAUCGCCAAGUUUGUGCAGAAGUAUCGCCUCGAGCUUGGUGAAUCCCAGAUGGGAUCAAUGGAAUUAGCCGCUCGGUCUAUAGUGUCAGCGCCUGGCAGGGGGCCUUGGAUAAAGCUUUAUCGAGCUUGAAGGGCGCAAUACCAGAUAUUCUGUGCAAUGGGAAGACAGCAAGAGAGAAAGAAAAAUAUCUGACAAACGAAGACAAGUGAAGACCUCUGGCAAACUUGAUUCCUGUGCAACGCCAUAUACUUACUGAACGAACGAUGCCCUGUCUACAAUUCCUUGCUUCUUUAAACAUGUUGCUCACAAUACAGCA